CCCAAAACCCAUGUAGAAGCAUCGAGUCUGACCUUGCACUAAGGUAGAAAGGACACGCAAUUUACGAUGAUGGAUCCACGUCAAUCUGACGGAUACUGGAGGCUAACAUCCAAGUUGUAUGCCGCUUAUGCACAUUUUCUCAAGUUCCACCGAUCAUUGUCAUCAUUAUCAUUGUCGCUUAGCCAUAACUUCAAUAUGAAGAAUAUCGCCAUCAUCGUUUUUAGCUGCAUGGCUAUGCAGUCAUGGGCUCUUCCUGUCGAAGGCCGCGCUGUUGCUGUCGGCCCUAUCAUCGAAGAAGCUGGCGAGGGCUACGAGAGCAAGCGUGCGGUCGCUGUCGGUCCCAUCAUCGAAGAAGCUGGCGAGGGCUACGAAAGUAAGCGUGCUGUCGCUGUUGGUCCGAUCAUCGAAGAGGCUGGCGAGGGAUACGAGUCUUAA